UUUAUGUCUACCCUUGCGGUAUGACCUUGAGAGCAUUCAGUAGUGAUACUGUUUGUUCUCACACUUCCUGACAAUGGCUUUCUUAUUUGCUUGCUGCAGGCUAUCAAUACACAGCUGAUUUAGUCGCCCUGGAGCAAUUCAGGCAGUCUGAGCAUACUGUUGUGACAUCAGCAGAGCUGAGUCGAAUUGUCACACCACUAAAUGCUGAGGCCUGGGAAGCCUGUUUGCUGAACCAUCCGGAUAGGUUGUUUGCUUAUUACAUCAGCAAUGGUGUUCGAUGCGGUUUUCGUUUGGGCUACAAUCGAGAGUCUAAGGUAAUCUCGGCAAAAUCAAACAUGAUCUCAGCUGCUGCACACCCCUCAAUUGUAGCAGAUUAUAUUGCAAAAGAGCUUGUUAAGGGUCGUACCAUUCCUUGGCACUCAUUACCGGCUCAAGUCAGUCGAUUUGGGGUAAUACCGAAAAAGCAUCAGCCAGGCGAAUGGCGGUUGAUUGUUGAUCUCUCAGCACCAGAGGGCAAAAGUGUAAACGACGGUAUUCAAAAACAACUUUGCUCGCUGCAAUAUAUAAAAGUCACUGACGUUGCAGCUCAGGUUUAUAAGGCCGGCAAAGGAGCAUUAAUGGCAAAAAUGGAUGUUAAAAGUGCGUUUAGAACAAUUCCAGUGCAUCCAGAUGAUCGGCUACUACUCGGCACUUUUUGGGAACGACAAUAUUACGUGGAUACAGUCCUUCCUUUUGGCCUCCGAUCGGCUCCCAAGAUAUUCAAUGCAGUGGCUGAUGCUCUGCAGUGGAUCGUGAAGCAAAACGGUGUCACGUACCUUGAGCAUUACUUGGAUGACUUUAUAACAAUUGGGGGAGAAGAUACGGAGGAGUGUGCAGACAAUUUGUCAAUGCUGCUGCAGAUGUGUGCCACUCUGGGCAUUCCGGUAGCACCCGAAAAGACAGUCACUCCUACGCCAAUUAUUACAUUCUUAGGCAUUGAGAUAGACUCGAUUGCCCAGCAACUUCGCCUCCCGGCAGAGAAAAUGGCACGAAUAUUAAAGAUGCUACGUUCGUGGUCUAGCAAAAAGAAUGCAACGAAAAAAGAUCUCCAGUCUUUGGCUGGUACACUGGAGGACGCAGCUCGUAUCAUAAAGCCAGGAAAGGCAUUUUUGAGGCGUAUCUACACGGCUGUAGGGGGUUUAUUCAAGCCUCAUCAUCACGUACGUCUAAACGAGGCAGUUCGAUCCGAUUUAGCUUGGUGGUUAGCAUUUAUGGAGAAAUGGAAUGGCAUCACCCUGUUCUCUACCUGUUGCACAACAAUUCCGUCGGUGAUUGUUACGUCGGAUGCUUCGGGUUCCUGGGGCUGUGGUGCAUAUACCAGGCAUCACUGGUUUCAGAUCCCAUGGGCUCUAUAUGAAAGUUAUGCCGCUGAAAAUAUCGCAACCAAAGAAAUGCUCCCCAUUAUAGUUGCAGCAGCUUUGUGGGGUAGUUGUUGGCAAGGGGACAAGGUCCUCUUUCGGUGUGACAAUAUGGCAGUAGUCGCAGCACUUUCAAAACGGUUUUGCAAGGACAGACAGAUGAUGCAUUUGCUCCGUUGUUUGCAUUUUUUCGAAGCUUACUACAGGUUCAAUCUUAUUUCUGAACAUAUUUGUGGUAUCGAUAAUGAUUUAGCUGAUGAUCUGUCACGUGACAAUCUCUCUGCUUUCUUACAGAAGUCCAACCUCUCGGCAACAGCGGUAUCGGCAAUACCUUAGAAAUGUUGAUGGGCUCCAGGCCAGAUUGGAUGUCACAACAUUGGAGGCGGAUGUUCAACGCUACUUUGAACAAGGUUUAGCUCAGUCCACCCAAAAAACUUACAAAAGUGGAAUUAAAAAGUUUUAUGAGUUUUGUGCUAGGUUACCCCCUCAGUUUGUGUCACUCCCUAUUACUCAAUCUAUGCUUUGCUUAUAUGUAUCAUAUUUAGCUCGCAGUGGUCUAUCAUAUUCCACUAUCAAUUCUUACCUCUCGGCAUUGCGUCACCUGCAUAUCCUUCAUAAUUUUCCCGAACCUCAGCAAGCGGCUUGGCAAAAAUUCAUGCUAGUCAAGAGAGGCAUUAGAAAAGAGAAAGCAAUCUCUCACCCCCAAAAACCUAGGCUGCCUAUUACCCCAGACAUUUUGAGGCAGAUAAAAGCACUAUGGUCUGUUGAACCAAUACAACCAGAUACAGUCAUGCUUUGGGCUGCGAGCUGUUUGUGCUUUUUCGGUUUCUUCAGGUUGGGAGAAAUUACUUGCUCGUCUGCCAAUGCAGUCAAUCACAAGGACCUGCUCCUUGCUGAUCUGGCAGUUGAUAGCCAUGCUGGCCCGACCUACAUCUCGGUCACCUUGAAGCAGUCCAAGACAGACCAAUUCCGGAGAGGUGCGCUUGUGAUAAUUGGCAGAACAGAUGACGAUUUAUGCCCUGUAGCAGCCCUCUUACAAUACAUCGCGGUUCGAGGUACACAUUCAGGCCCCUUGUUUAUUUACGCCGAUGGGAAGUUCCUGACAAAACAGAGCUUUGUUCCACGCAUCAGGGAAGCCUUAUCGGCACUCGGCUUGAAUAAUACUCACUACGCUGGCCACAGUUUUCGUAUCGGGGCAGCUUCAACCGCUGCCAAAGCGAAUAUUGAAGAUUCAAUGAUAAAAACGUUAGGAAGAUGGGAAAGCAGUGCCUUCCUGACGUACAUUCGUACUCCACCAGCUCUGAUAGCAAGGAUGGCAAAAACACUAUCAUCCCCUACCACGGACUAGAUCUAAGUCAUGUUUUAUUUAUUCAUUUAAUCACACUUAUUUUUGUUGGAGGAAUGGUACCGUAUUCACGGUACGGUGGACUCACGUUGUCUAUAAUGAUUAGAU